CUUGCGCCAUUUCGAACAUUCGCAUGUGUGCAUAAGUGAUAGGGGAGAAGGAGCCACAAGCUACAAGAACAACAGGAGUCUUAUCGGGAUCACUAAGUCGCUUGAGUCUGUGCGUGAAGAAUGUGUAGUUGCUCAUUUCUGCGUCGCCAGACAUCGCUGACAGGGUGAUCGGUGAAGGAACAGGGUCGAUUUGCGAAAUGGAUCCAGAUCUGGAAGUUGCCGGGUCACAUCACCUGACGGCUCCCGUGAUAAAACAAUUGUAUUGAUGCCUUUUACCUUACUGCUCACGAUCAUCUCAUGCCUCUGAUUCGUCCCAGAAAAGAGUCGACUGGUACCAAAGAGGCCGAGCCAAAGCUGCCCACUACGCAUGCAUCUCUACUCAGCAGUGUCGUCGACGCCUACACUAAUCUCACGAGGGAUCAGCUCGUCUUAUUUCUGUCGAUAAGGCACCUGCCUGUCGAUGGCUCCUCACUUGAUUUAGCUAAGAGGCUGGCUGAGCAUGAUCUAGAAAGCUACUCUACGUCUCCUGUUGUUCAGUCCUUCCCGGGCCCUCCGGAAGUUGCUCCAGAACACCCUCCACCACCGCCCAUAGCCAAGCCAUCCAAGUUGCCUACGCUCCCUGCUGAACUCCUUGCGGACAUCAUGGACUGUGUGGGUGAUUGGGAACUAGCCAAAGCUGUGGGAACGGUCACAUCCCUCAAAGCACCAAAAGAAUGGGAUCGAGCUUCCUCUGCAGAUCUUUCGGCCCUAGUUGGGAGUACCAAAUUUGACUUCUCGGCCCUAACCGCGACGGGGGCCAACGCGAUCGUCAGACUUUGCUACACCCAUAUCCUCGAUCUUUUGAAGAGUCACGACCCCACCUCGUUCGAUCGGCUCUACGGCGGUAUUCACUCACGACUCAUCCCUUUCCGUGCUUCGUGCUCCGGUCGGACGGAAGUCCUCACAUGGUGGAAGGGGCAGCAUGAAAUACCUAAAGACUACGGAGACGAUUGUAUUGAUGAAGCCUGCCGCCAUGGGCAGAUCGAAGUUCUCGAGUGGUGGAAACGCCAUUCAAGUACACUUCCGCUGCAGUAUACUGAGGCGGCGCUGGAGAAUGCCAGCGCACGAGGCCACAUCCAUGUGCUGGAAUGGUGGAAGCAGUCAGGGUUGUCACUUAAAGUUGGUCGUGUCAUGGACUUAGCAAGCAAGGCUGGUCAGGUGGAGGUAUUGGAUUGGUGGCUCCAUUCAGGUAUCGAAGUCAAUUAUGAUAAUGGAACCCUCGAGCACGCCAGUCGGAACGGACGCCUUAAUGUUUUAACUUGGUGGCUGCAUUCUGGGUAUCAAAUGAUGUACAAUGAAGACGUGUUGAUCGGUGCGACACGCCACAAUCGGCCGGAGGUCCUCCAGUGGUGGUAUGAUAGCGGCCUUCCUAUUCAUUACCGCAUAUGUGAUAUCGAGGAGGCUGUCGAGGAUGCCAUCCGACAAGGCUCCGGGGCGAAGGAGUGGUGGAUGAAGCUAGGAGUGGAUUUCAAUGCGAAUAACAUUGAAUGGGUACAACUUAAGUUAUUGCGUUAUCAAUAACUUCAUCGUGCAGCCUUACAUCCUCGACGUUAGAUGAAAGUCUACCCGUGCGAGUUUAGAUGCCUUAUUUGCUUCUUUCACGUCUGAACUAUUGUCUUCUCAUAUCCUUGUGUCUGUUUCUUUUCAAUCCUCCACGACUCACUAUACCCAUCAUUGCAUGCAUUCACCCAUCCUUGUGCUACGAUUUAUGUGUACUAGCCAUUAGAUCCCCCGUUUCUGUCCGGCUUUUCCUCGCACUCCACAUCGAUUUCCAUCUUGCAGGAGAAUCGGUACGGGUUAAAAUACACGCGUGUUCCCUCAGGGAUUAAACGUCUGUAUUUGAUUGCGCGCUACGACAUUUAGGAUUCCAUCCCUUCCGUCUCUGGGGCCGGUCCACCCCCGCCCUCGGCACGAUCCUUGUCCUGUCGACGAGCCUGUACAAUA